AUGCUGCCGCCAGAAGUUCCCCGGGCCUCCGAAGACGGCACAGCCGCUGGGCCCCAGCGAGGUGACUGCGUCAUCUGCUACUCAGCCUAUGACCUCACUGGGCACCUACCCCGCCGCCUCUACUGCGGUCACACCUUCUGCCAGGCGUGCGUGCGGCGGCUGGACACGCCAGCCCACGAGCAGCACUGGAUCCCCUGCCCGCAGUGCCGCCAGAGCACACCCACGCCCCGUGGAGGGGUGGCCAUGCUGGACCUCGACCUGGCUGCCUUCCUGGCCGUCAGGGCCGAGCGGGAGCCGCCUCGCACAGAACCCCAGCCCCCCACGCCCCUCAAAGGCAGCACCGCCAUCACUCAACAGCCGGCCAGGCUUUGCCCUGCCUUGGGCCCCCAGCCCCACUUCCCCCAGCCGAGAUGCUGCUGCUGGGGCUGCAGCGGCCUCUGCUGGGACCCCCUGGGCAGCCCCGAGCCCUGCGAUGGUCUGCUCACUGAGCUCCCGCUGUGUCGGGAGCUGUCUGGGGAGGGUCCCCCGCAGGCACAGUCACUGCUGCCACAGGUGUCCAAGGAGGUCCAGGCCCAGGGUGGGGGGACCUGCCUGAGGGGCUGCUCAGGACAGCCGCUCCCAUGCCAGGCCCUCAGCUUCCUUCUGCCUCCCCGUGGCCACCAGACAGACCCUUCAGAGGGACCAGAGCAUGUGCUGGAGACAGUGGACGCAGACCCCACCAAUUGGGCUGCAGCAUCCCCACCCCCGCACAGGAAGGAGCCCCUGGGAGGGCCCGCGGGGCCCGCACCGGGCAGUGAGCGGCAGGGACGGACAAGAGAAUGUGCUGAGAGGACACUCAGAAACCUCCUCCCUCCCGGGGACAAAGUGCCCCUGCACCAGCGACCAGUGGGCAGCAAGCAGGGGGCCAGGAAGACCAGGCCUGACGGGGAGGGGCUGGCCCCAGCCGGGCAGCUCUUCCUCCCUACAUCCCAGGAGCAGGAAGGGGACUGA